AUGACGGAAGAGAGCGGAUUGAAAUGUUUUCAGCUCCUCCCCUUCCCCUUCUCCUGUCCAAAGUUCAGCUGAUUAGAAGUGAAUAUAAAACAUCAUGUAUUAACAGUAUUUCAGAUAUUUACUGGUACAGUGCAGUCAUGAAGGUAGUGCAGGGAGCUUGUGAACCUGUGGAUGUGAUGGAUCCUUCGCUCCUGCUGCGGCCUGAGCCCAUAUUUGCCACGAAGCCCAUUGGUAUGUUCAGAGAUUAUUCAGUGGACCCAGAAGAUCCUAUCAAGGAGAGGGUCCGUGUUACAUAUCACAAGAUGCACACCUAUCAGACUGUUGACUUUGUCAGAGGAAAGAUGGACUACUGGCUCAGGUUUGACAAGUUCCAAUCAACAGUUAUGGAUGCACUUGUGAAGCUUAAUGAUCUUGUGGAUGAGAGUGACCCAGAUGUAGACAUUCCAAACUUAGUGCAUGCCUUUCAGACGGCAGAACGUAUUCGUGCAGAUUAUCCACAGGAGGACUGGUUUCAUCUCACGGGACUUUUACAUGAUCUCGGAAAGAUUAUGGCGUUCUAUGGUGAACCACAAUGGGCAGUGGUGGGGGACACAUUUCCUGUGGGCUGUGCUUGGGGAAAUUCUAUUGUGUACAGACAGACCAGCUUUAAGAACAAUCCAGAUGGGAACAACUUGCUGUACAACACGAAGUUUGGUAUCUACAAACCAAACUGUGGUCUGGAGAACAUAAUCAUGUCAUGGGGCCAUGAUGAGUAUAUGUAUCAAGUGCUCAAACACAAUAAGACAACUCUUCCUGAAGAAGCACUGUAUAUGAUCAGAUUCCACUCAUUCUACCCAUGGCAUGCUGGUGGUGACUACGUGCAUCUUUGUGAUGAGAAGGAUAAGAAAAUGCUGCAUUGGGUUCAUGAAUUUAACAAAUAUGAUCUGUACACGAAGAGUGCAGAUGUGCCUGAUGUUGAGUCUCUCAUGCCAUACUACCAGUCUCUUAUUGACAAGUACAUCCCAGGAGAGAUUGAGUGGUAGACAGUAACCAGCAAGGCACUACAAAAUGUAAACACAGGAAAUGUGAGGGGGAAACUGACAUUACAUGAUUCAGAGGACAAUUUAGUUGUAUAUAAGUAAUAUAAUAAGCUUCAUGAUUUUUUUGUGGACUGUGGACAGAUUUUGAUCAGUUCAUUAUUUAUAAAGAAUAAUUUAUUAUUUAUUUUGCUAAGAAAGAGGUGUUACCAGCAAUCCCUGUAUUGCCUGCUGGCCUGAUUUUAAUCUCACAGUUAUGCUACGCUGUGCAUGUUUUCUGAUAAAACAAUGUAUCUUUCUUAAAAACCUACAUAAAACACAAAAAUAAAUUACACGUUGUUCAGAA